AUCGUCAACGUAAGCGGCAAUCCCAUAAUCAGCAUCCAAUAUCUAGAAGAGGAAAAGUUUUUCACCCCCGAAGAAAUUUCUUCGAUGGUGCUGUCCAAAAUGAAAGAUAUCGCGCAAAUAUACCUUGGGUGUGACGUUAGGAAAGCGGUUAUUGCUGUACCUGCGUACUUUACUGACUCGCAACGACAAGCUACCAUUGAUGCCGGCACCAUUGCGGGUCUCAAGGUACUGAAAAUCAUCAACGAACCAACCGCUGCCGCCAUUGCGUACGGAGAAGACACGAUAGCCCCCUACGAGUCGAACAUUCUGAUCUAUGACUUUGGCGGCGGGACUUUCGAUGUAGCGGUUCUGAAAAUGAAGAAAGGAAACUACGAGGUAAUGUCUGUUGAGGGGAAUAGCCAGCUUGGGGGAGGGGAUAUAGACACUCGCGUUGGUAAAUUUUUGCUCGAUAAAUUCAGGGAGAAAACUGGGCUGGAUGUUUCAAAUGAUAUAAAAGCUCGAGCAAAAAUUAUGAAAGCUGCCGAACAGACAAAGAUCAAUUUGUCAGUUUCUGCGUUAGACAAAGUCCAAAUAGAGCGCUUGAGUCAAGGGCAAGAUUUCAUCUGUCCUACAAGCCGCUGCAAGUUCGAAUUACUUUGCGCAGAUAUUUUUGAAGAAACUAUGCAGUGUGUGGACAGAGCGAUUACCAAUGCCGGGAUGACAACCAACGAAAUUCACGAAGUGGUCAUAGUCGGCGGUUCGAGUUGGAUUCCCAAGCUCAGAAAAAUGCUGGAAGAAAAAUUCCCGAACAAGGAAAUCAAAUGGACGAUCAACCCCGCGGAAGCUGUUGCGUAUGGCGCAGCUGUCCAGGCAGCCAUGCUCAACAACGACCGAAGUGUUCAAGACAUUCAGCUGACAGAUGUGACCCCGCUGUCCCUUGGUGUGGAUAUUAUUGGUGAUAAAAUGAGCACCAUCAUCAAACGAAACUCACAGAUACCGGUCGAAUGCACUAGUAAUUACACGACUACCUCCGAUUAUCAAAAAGUCAUAACAUUCGAAGUUUAUGAAGGCGAAAGUGCAGUUGCCUCGAGGAACAAUCUGUUGGGGAAGUUCACAGUUGAAGGUAUCGAAUUGGCCCUGGCUGGAGUACCCUCAGUCGAUGUAACUUUUUCCCUAGACAAGAACGGAAUAUUGAGUGCAACUGGCGUGGACCGGAAGACAGGAGGCCGAGGUCAAGUUAACAUCACGGUUAAUAAAGGACGCCUCAAAAAAGAGGCCAUUGAGAGAAUGAUUGUAGAAAUGCAGAACAUGGAAAAGGUUAAGGUUCAAAGCCGUGCUUAGAUUAAUGCUUCUGCUUCCUUAGUGGCAGCGAUCGCAUGAAAGGAAGUUUUCUUAAAAGACGAGAAUUAUUUUGAAAGACAACACCAUCUCCGAGAGGUUACGAUGUACUGAUGAGGCUGUGCGAAGAGGUCGAGGCUUGGUUGGAGGAUCACGAUUACGCAACCAAGGUGGAGUAAGAUGACGAGAGGUUUGUCGAAACCAUCUCUCAACUCCUGGCUGACUUCACCAUCCAAUUACUUUUUUGCAACUUUACAGCAGCACAUGAAAUGCUAAAGAAGUCCAGCUGAUACAUUUAUCGCUUGGAACCCUGCUUUUUUACCGUGUUCGUUGAGCACU